ACCUACUAAACAGCAACAAACACCCUUUACCAAACCGCCAGCCAGAACACUUGAUCAAAAACAAGUUCAAAGUUUAGCCAACGAUAUAAGAAACAACCAACACAACAAUAGACAAUUCCGAGGAAUAGGAACCGGAUUACCACAACAACCUCAACUAACUAGACCAAAAAGACCAGGCAAAUUUAAAUGA